UCUACAUAUCUAACUCUGUAUAGAUCGUGUAUAUAUCUAAAUUAAAGUAUAAAAUAUUAGAACAAUGGCCGAUUGCAAACGCAGUUAUCGUUAUCGCGCAUUCGAGUUUGUUGUGCGCGCCUUUGCGAUUGCCAGCCUGCUUAUCGUUAUGAGCGCCAUCUAUCGGCAGGACGAUGAUCCUGGCUCCAACUAUUUACAUCCCAGACGAGUCAUGCAGUAAUGCCGCAAACUUAGUUAUACCUCCUUUGUACUUAAUCAAACACACAAAUUACCUUAGUAUAAUGUUUAUUGAUACAUAUAUAUAUAUAUAAAAAUAAAUGUAUUUGUUAUAAUGAGAAUAUUUCAAACUAAAUACUGAUAAGGCGUUCUGGAAGCAAAACCAGUUUUGAUAGGAAAUAAGCAGGCUUGCAUUUAUGAUUCCAAUUUUUGCAUAUAAUUUUAAUUAUUUGUUUACUAACAUUGCGCUUUUCCCCAGCGACCGCAAUUAGUGCAAUAACUGGCAUAUCGUCAGAUAUCUUGGGAAUUGCCACGAAUCGCGACUGUUUUAUAGCAAGAACUCAGUCGUGCGCGAUAUCGCCCAUAUAUAUGUAUAGUAUAUAAUGUUUUUAAAAAACUAGUUUCGAUUUAUUAAACACGUAUGUAAAUGCCUUA